CUUAUUCACUUUUUAAUAAUCCACACUAAGAAAAGUACACCUAUGUUACAGCUGAAACUAAAUCACAAUUUAAAGCUAUUAAAUGAGUGAAACGCCUAGCGCUUACCAUAUAGAACGUGCAUACAUAUCGUUAUACAAACCUGAGAUUGUUUCAUUUUUAAAUGCUUUAAAAGCAACGUCUAAUCUGAAACAAUGGUUCUUAUCGCCCUCGCUACAUCACGUACUGCAUGGUAGUAUCUCCGUUUAACGUUUUUAUUACGCGCGAAGUAAGAAGCGUCAUGCAGGUACGCGAAACCUAAGAGUUUUAGUGGGCAGAAUAAAGAGAAUAUUCGGUAGCCCACUCUAUUACCGCAAUGCUGAAAAAGUUAUAGACUUAAAUUUGCUGUUAACUGGGCGGCAUUAAUAUCGAAGCUCUCAUAAUAAGUGGAAUAUAUUAUGCAUUUAUUUCGAUAACUUGCUUGCGUGAUUCUCAAAACGUCAUUUGUCAUCGUCAUUGAUGUCUCAUUGAACAAAAAACCAAACCCCAUUGAAUUUUAUACAUGAAUUUCAAAUCUUUCCGUACCUUCGUUGCUGCGGUUUUCAAGUCAAGAGAAAGUUUAAGAUUCAAGUUUCAUCUAAGAAGCCGCCCUUGUGAGUUCUCGGACAAAAGUGAGAAACUUGAGUAACGAAUAGGAUGCAAUCCUUCUGCCAUAAGGCAAUUAAUUCUUUUUUACUUUGCGAACCUCCAUAAACGUUUUCCUGUUUUCAUGAUAACUUACCAUUUCGCAGCUUGGCGGUUUUUUCUACCCCCCAGCGCUACAUAUUAUUCAAUGUGAUAACAAAUGGCAUUAUCUCAUUUUUGAGAUAUCAAGAUAGAGUGUCGCCAAAAAACGGCUCCGACUCUAACAAAGCCCAAUAGACAAAGCUCGUCUACAUACAAGAAUAGCCGAGGACUCGUUCGCCUUAGUAAAGAAGACAUUGGAUAACAGCGCUUUAAAUGAUGAAUAUUCUACAAGGUUGAUGAAGUCAUUGGUGUGUUUGUACGUUUUCUGCGUCAGAUAUCCGGUGAUUUUAUUGUCGCCAAAGGUCAAUGUUAUUAUUUCAAGAUAUUUCAUGCUCUACAACUCGUAUGAACAUUUUUAAAGCUACUUCAGAGAACAGACGUUUAGUAAGCGACUCUAAAAAAGGGACAGUUUACAUUUGACAAUUCUCUAGCAUUACCGCACCGGCAAUACAAGUGUUGAGUCGGUAAUAUCAACUUUACGCCCCAAGUCAACAUCAUUUGUCUUUGAGCUAAAGAUAUUAGCCAGAGAAGAGGAGGGAUAUCUUCACAACAUAUUACCAGGCGUUGCGAAAGGGUGGAAAAGCCAGGACUAAAGGUUAUACAAACGGACAUUUCGAAGACGAUUUCUUCGCAACAUAACCAGACCUUGCAAACGGGUGGAAACGCCAGGACUAAGGUUAUACAAACGGAACGUUUCGAAGACGAUUUCUUCACAACAUAAACAAAAAAGGGUGGAAACGCCAGGACUAAAGGUUAUACAAACGGACAUUUCGAAGACGAUUUCUUCGCAACAAAAGCAGACCUUGCAAACGGGUGAAAGUGAAUAAGAGGGCAAAAAAACUGGCCAGAUCGAAAAAUUGUAAACGCCAAGAAAAGGACAAGAAUCGAAGAGGAAUCGCUUCAGAAGACAGACACACCAGAGGACAAAACAUAUUGCCCUUAAUAUCCGGCUUUAUUGUACAGUCGUAUAAAAACUAAAUGGUAUUUGCACCGGAUGAACAUGACAAGUGAAGUGUUGUAUAGCCCGGGUAUCUACACGGCUUUUGCUGUCUGCCUCGUGUUUCUGUUCAUCCUCGGUGGUGUAAGCCACUCUCUCGCCUUUAUCGUCCUCUUGCACCGUGAACAUCUAGCAAAGGAGCUCAACCCCUUCCUUCUAAACAUCUGUAUCGCGGACACUAUCGCCUUACUUGUUGAGUUCCCGCUUGUUUUCGUAGCGUGCGUGAAUCACGGGUGGUCCCUCGGGACUGUUACAUGCUACAUGGCUGGCAUCACGGGAAGUGUUACGGGAAUCGUGAUGCUUUUCACGCUAUCCUACAUGUGCGUUAUCAUCUACCAUCACAUCAACGAGAGGGACCUCGCAACUAGCAGUUUCCAUCUUAGUCACUUAACAAACGGGAACCCUGUGGCGUGGCACAGAGGCUGGAAGCACUUACUGGUAAUAUGGCUAUGCGCAUGCGUGCUUCUACUCCCCACACUAGUAGGGUGGGGGUCUAUUGCGCCGCAAGUUGGCUGUUCGGUAUGUGCGCCUAACUGGGGCGCGCAGACUGUCGCUCAUUCCUCCUACAUGGUGGCCCUCACCAUUCUUGGGUUCGCACUGCCGAUGUCUAUAGCCCUUGUGUACUUGAUGAAGAUCUACCGCUACUCCACACACCACCCCAGUGGGGCACAGCCCAACGUGUUCAGCUUUCAAUAUGUGAGAGCGCGCGCGCAGCACAUGGCGGCAGCUAAGGUGGUGUCGCUUCAGGUGCUGGUGUACUUGCUGCUGUGGCUACCGUACUGGGUGUGUGGCUUUGUGGUGCUCGUGUCUGGGGGCGGCGACAUGGUCCCGGCAGGGGCGAGUCCGGGGAGGCAGGCGGCGGCGGCACUACCGUGGAUCUUGGCGCAUGUUGGACCCGUGUUCUGCCCUUGUGUUUAUGCUGCUAUGAAUAACCGGUUUCGCAGUACAGUGUCUAGCGUGAUGAGUGUCAAGAGAUCCCGCCAAGUCACGCCCACUAUUAACGUUGAUGGCAAGUUUGACAGGUCUGACGUCAGCGACAGUACCAGGCCCUGCUCGCCAAACGUCAUGGUUCCCAGGUCUCCUCUAUCGAGUCACGAGGCAUUUUCGGUUUCGCCUCUUGUUGACUUAGACGAGUUUACUUCAAAGCUGACUCCACGAAGCCACAGGAAGCUUCAGAUAACGCUGCAAGCACUCACACAGGUCAUUUCGCCAAUGGAAGAUAAUAAUCGCCAGUACAACCGUGAACGGCGAAACACGACUGAGAUAUAACCUAUAUAGCCCAAGGGAGAAGAGAGAUGACCUUCAGGCAUUCAGAGAACAUGGCGUCCAUCUGAGGAAUGCCCCAAGCAUUUGAGGACGGCUAACACACGGAAAUAUAACUACAGGCCCGUACCCAGGAUUUUUCUUGGGGGGGGGGUGCGGCAUCCGAAAAAGUGGACCUUAUUUUC